CAUCAGUGAGGUGAGGCAGGAUGAGGACCGGAUCUCGAGGUUUCUUGUUUCUUUGCAGCCCGAUAAUCUUUAAUGGAGAGAUUAAUGAAAGCACUUUAUAAACCAUGGGUUUCCAUACACUACAAAUGCCUCUGUGUGUUUGGUCUCAGCAUGCAGAUCAUUUGGGGUUUAGACGAGGUGACACUCCUGAAUCCUCCAGAGGAGCCUCUGCCUGACCAUCUUUUGGAAAUACUUUACUCUUGUGAUGAACCUGCUACAGUACAACUGGACUGCAUUGUAUCUUUUGAAACUGGCAUCACUUCCACACUCCUGCUGAAACAGUGGAGCUGUGUCCCUGGUAACCCUAAAAUAAUGACUCUGGAGCUGAUUCUGCCGGAUUGGUUGGUGUAUCAAGCUGAUGGGAUUAUUCCAGACUCCCAGUGGGUGCUGAGUUGUAUCCUCCUAGCGACAGUAAGAUACAGUGGAUUUGAGAGGCCUGUUGCAGCCCAGGAUGUGGCAACUUUGCAGCCUAAACCUUAUUUAAGUCGACCUGUAAAACAGCAUAAACUGUGCAUUUCCUGGAGUACACAAAUGAUGCAAUUAACUCAACAGUUUUCAAAGAAACAAUGCCCUUUGGAGCAAGAAACGGUGCAUUUGCUGUCUUCAAUGUAUGCUUCAACUGGAGAAAGCUUUGGUAUCACAAAGACACUGGACCCUUAUAGCAACGAGUUUCUGGAGUAUUUGCGAGUUAAAGCCAUCUCUUUUCCAUGGUGUAUGUUCUCCAUCUGGAUAUUUGUGACCAGACACUGCAAGGACAACCUGUGUGGUGUGUUUUACCAUAUAGACCGGCAUAAUAACUAUAUCACACCAACACUGUUAAUCAAAAAAUCAGGGCAGCUACACGUCCAGAUGGUUGGCGUGUCUGGGGAAUCCUCUGCAUUUGUUUCCCCAUUCAAGGUGCCUUUAAGUGAGUGGUGCCAAAUCAGUGUGAUGUUGCAGGGUAGAAUGGUGACUGUCUCCAUGGUGUGCAUGAAUAAGGAGCAGAGAAGCCUUCAUUCAAUAGAACACGUGAUGGGGCGUAAUGUGAAGCUGGAUGACACAGAGGGAUACUUUGUCAUUGGCGGAGGGAAAUUCAUACAAGGUGUGGAAGGUUAUUUUGGGCCACUGGUUUACUACCGCAACAGGAUAUCACCUCACAGCACGCCUGAAGUUUUCGUUCCAGAUGUUAUCAGGAACGUGAACCUGACUGGAUGGCUGCAGACCUGUCAAGAAUUUCAUCUCGAGAUGAAUGUUAAAAUCCGUGGCUAUUCUCUCAAGGCCAAACAGGAGACAGAGUCUGAGAUCUGUUUCGAUGCUUUCCAUGAGUGGAUGGAAAAGGACAGACUACCAUCAAAGUCACAGUGUGAGGUGUGGGAGGUGACUGUCCCUCAUAGAAGACAAGCUGCAAAAUUGGCCAAGUUAUUGGUUUUCAAACAUGGAGAAAGAAGGGCUAGGCUGCCAGCUGUGGGCCGAGCGCUGUACUCCUUAUCACUUCAUAAGCUGAGCAGAGCGAGCAGCACUGGUGUGGUCAGCAGAAUAUUACCACUGCUGCUCCAAGCUGGCUGCUUAGCUGAUAACCGAGCUCUGCACAUGGCCUCAGUCCUCUACAGCGCUGGGCUGGGAGUCAAGGAACAGCCCAAUAAGGCUUGGCUCCUGGCCCUGCUGGCAGCCCAAAAGGAUGAUCGAUUAGCACUUCUGCACCUUGGGCACCUGCACCACCAGGGUCUCCAUGGCCUCCCCACAGACCCAGACCUGGCCUAUGCAUAUUAUGCAAACAUUGCUAAACAGACAACUUUAGAUCGUCACAAUCACACACCAGAGCAGACAUUUGUUGAGGCUGUUUACUUAAACAAUGAUGAGAUGUUGAAUCUCCAGACCAGUGAACACCAUCAUAUCUUCCAAUGGCUGAAACUGCAGGCACGCAGAGGAGCAGCUGAAGCAGAGCAAGCGGUUGCCCGCAUGCUGUACUGGGGUCAGCAGGGAGUGUCCCCAGACGUCCAGAAGGCUGCGAGACACUACGAAAGGGGAGCUGUCCAGUGGAAGGAACCAGUGUCAAUGUAUGACUACGGAAUAGUCCUAUUGCAGGGGCAUGGUGUUGAAAAGGACAUCCCAAAAGCUCUCACUUUUCUGAACAAAGCAAUGGACAAGGGUUUUGUUCCUGCAAUCAAUGCCCUGGCCUGGUACUAUGAACACUUUGAGCAGGACUACGAGCAGGCGGUGCAGCUCUGGGAGAAGGCUGAUCUCCGUGAGUGUCCAGAAGCUGCUUUCAAUCUCGGUGUCAUGUACUCACAGGGUCUAUAUCCAGGAAAAGCUGCUGACCAGUUUAUGGCCUACCAGUACUACCUGAGGGCUGCAGAGAGAGGGCACAUCAGUGGAGCAGUUCACAUGGCAAGCAUCUGGACCACUGGGAUACCUGGCCACGUCAAAAGACAUCCAUCAAAUGCUGUUUUGUGGGUAAAGUGGGCAGCUGAGCACAAUGGAUACCUGGGCAGCAUCUUGCGGAAGGCCUUGGAUUCCUAUCUCAAGAGUGACAUGUUCAGCUCACUGUUAUACUACAUAAUGGCUGCUGAGUCUGGGUAUUCACCCGCCCAAUUCAAUGUGGCAUAUCUAUGUGAUCAACAAAUGUCAGGUUUUCUGGAUCCUGCUUCUGCAUCAAACUGUAUGUGGAGGUAUUACAACCUUACAAUCCAGAGUCAAAAUCCUAACACUUAUGCCUUGAUUAGGAUGGGUGACCUGUUGUACGAGGGGCAGGGUGACGGGCGGUUUUCUUCAGCAGAAAUGUACACACAGGCAGCAGUAAGGAACGAACCACAGGGAUGGUACAACCUCGGCCUCCUUGCUGAGGAGGGUUACAAGCUGCCGCUGUCAGUAUUGUCUAAACUUGGCCUUUCAGAGCUGUACCUGGCCAACAACAGUUUGCUCGUAAGCACUUUGUACAAAAGAUGCAAAGACUCAGAAGAUACAGAUUCGUACUUGCCUUGCAGCCUCGCCCUCUUCAAUGUGUAUCUUCAGUCAUUCCAAAAGGACUAUAGUGCUGCUAUUAAGCUCUCCACUGCAGUUGCCGUGGUUGCAGCUCCAACGAUAUUCUUAAUCAUCCUUGGUGUGUUCAGGAGACCUGUACCGUCCCCCAACUAGAACCAAUAUUAUUUUAUCAUCAUUGUCAGUGCAACAAUCUCUGGAACUAAACUGCAAAGUCAACCUGCACAGCAACAGCAUUUACUAUGGGAUUGCUGUAAAGAUUAUUAUAAAAAAUACAUGUCUGGAAUGUUUUGGGG